UGAUAAUUGAUAUUUAUAGUAAACCAAAACCCACACCGAAGAAAUUUUCCACCAUACCCAACAAAACCAAAAAUUUCGGCGUUUUUCAUCCUUUUGUUGAUUUCUUCUCUAUUCGUCGUAUCUUCCGGCGGAGAUGGCAACCCCGUCGAGGUCUGAAAUCCUCUCGCUGUUCCGUUCUCUACUGCGCACGGCGCGUCAAUUCUCCGAUUACAACAUCAGAGAAUACACCAAACGCCGCGCCAUUGAUGCCUUCCGAGAAAAUCGGAGUCUUUCCGAUCCUUCAUCGAUCUCUUCCGCCUACGCCGGCGGCAAAGCUCAGCUCGAGGUUGCGAAGAGGCAGGCCCUUGUUUACUCUCUUUACGCCCCCAAGGUCAAGAGUAUCAUGGAUGUUAAGCUCUGAUUUCCAUUUUUUUCCGUCUCUCAUGGUGCUUUCUGGUAGUCUUUCGCAUUCUAUGAAUUUGUAGUUAUUUGAGAAUUUUUUUUUUGUUGGAAUUGAACUGUAAAUUAGCACUCUGUUAUCGACAAUGAGCAAAGUUUUUCCCAUCGUAUUCUGGAGUUAUCUCGCGAGCUUAAUUUCUGUAAUCUAUGUUUAGCAAGUAUUCUUAGCAGCA